GCCGUAUUGGGUGCGAUGAGCUCUCCGUGCAGAUCUCGCCAUGGAAGGGUGUGAUGCUCCUGUCAUUGCUGGAGAGGACAAUGGGUGCAUCGUUCCUGCGAACCAAAAAUGGACUGAUCUCAACAGUGCUCUCCACCUUGACCAGUCUGGCAACAUGGAGCAUCCCAACAUGGAAAGCCACGGGUCUCUGGAAACUCUGAGUGGCUCGUUUAAUGAAUGCAUGUCUGAAAGUGCUGACCCAUCCGGUGCCAUCUCGCAGUCUCCCAGCAGAACGGUCUGUUGUAACGAAUGUUCGACCUCCUUUCCUAGUUUGCAGAACUACAUGGAGCACUCCUGCCCAGGGACACGGCCAUCCCUUGCAUUGAAUGAAGAAAGCGAAAGUGAUAGUGAGGAAGGGGAGGAGGAGGAGGAGAGUGAUGUGGAAAACCUUGCUGGUGAGAUAGUCUACCAGCCCGAUGGCUCUGCGUAUAUAGUGGAAAGUGUCAGCCAGCUGAUCCAAAGUGGUGAAGCCUGUGACAGUACCCCCAGCGAGGCUCUUCUUUCCCUCUACAAAAAUUCCUUGCCCAAUGCAACGGGAAAGCCUGAGGAGUCGUCCUCUGUAGGCCCCGUUUACCCACAAAUUAUUAACACUUUUCACAUAGCCUCCUCUUUCAGGAAGUGGUUUGAGAAUUCAGACAAGUCCUUUCUGGAUACCUCCACCCUUACGGGCAUAAGCCCUGUCCUGCACAGCUUCCGAGUUUUUGAUGUGCGGCACAAAAGCAACAAGGAUUACUUAAAUAGCGAUGGUUCUGCCAAAAGCUCCUGUGUAUCCAAAGAUGUCCCAAACAAUGUAGAUCUGUCCAAAUAUGAUGGCUUUGUACUGUAUGGUAAGAGGAAACCCAUCCUAAUGUGUUUUUUGUGCAAACUUUCCUUUGGCUAUGUCCGAUCGUUUGUGACCCAUGCUGUGCAUGACCAUCGAAUGACUCUAAGCGAGGAUGAGCGCAAGAUUCUUAGUAACAAAAACAUUUCAGCCAUCAUUCAAGGGAUUGGGAAAGAUAAGGAACCUCUUAUUAGUUUUCUGGAACCAAAAAACAAAUCUUUUCCCCAUCCUUUAGUUUCCUCUGCCAACUCUACUGGACCUGCUAAUAGUUUUUAUGGCAAAUUUAGUGGCAUUCGAGUAGAAGGGGAUGAAGCCCUGCAGGCUAGCCUAGCACUUCUAAAAGAUGGCGACACUACUUCCAGUGGGGCAGAGCAGGCGCAAUCCAACGUGGUGUCCCAAAGUACUCUGCUUAACCUCGGAGGGUUGACUAAUUCUUCUUUCAGCGCCUCCAUAAACUCUGUUUCUUUAGGCUCUGACCUUACCAAACCUUCCUAUAACCAGGAAUCUGAAAUGACAGAGCUUGAGAAGCAUCCAUUGGGAGUACAAGACGGCAUAUCGGAAAGGUUAGAACGUGAGGAGGAGGAAGAAGAAGAAAUGGAUGAGGAAGGUGAUGAUGAUGAUGAGGAGGAGGAAGAGGAGGGGGAGGACUGCAAAGCAAUGUUUUCACGUGGGCUUGAGGAUCACUUGGUGGACAGGCCUCAGGAGGAGUCUGAGGUGUUUGCCGAGAGCAGCGGCAAAAAGGACCUGGCUCUCACAAACCAAAGUAUUUCUAAUUUAAUGCCUAACGUGCCCCAGCCUAUGGGAAGGGGCACACCUACAUGUUCUUCUUCCUUUGUUGUCUUUGAUGGUGCAAACAGGAGGAACCAUUUAAGCUUUAACAGUGAUGGCGUUGGUGCCAGCAUGGCGGAGGGUGGGAUAAAAUUGGACUUUGUUGAUGAAAGUGCCAAUAGGGACAAUGCCACAGCACCUGAACCAAAUGAAAGUGCAGAGGUAGAAGAAGGAAGCUUUGCCACCCACCACCAGCAUGCCGAUAACCCCUGCGACCUUGGCACAGGGGAAUGCCCUUCUGGGAGUGGGGUGGAGUGUCCGAAGUGUGACACUGUACUGGGCUCAUCGCGCUCACUUGGUGGACACAUGACUAUGAUGCACUCUCGGAACUCUUGUAAGACUCUUAAGUGUCCAAAGUGUAACUGGCAUUACAAGUACCAGCAGACGCUGGAAGCACACAUGAAAGAAAAACACCCUGAACCGGGUGGUUCCUGUGGCUACUGCAAAUCUGGUCAACCUCAUCCUCGUCUUGCCCGGGGAGAGAGCUACACAUGUGGUUACAAACCUUUCCGUUGCGAGGUCUGUAACUACUCUACCACUACCAAAGGCAACCUCAGUAUUCAUAUGCAGUCGGACAAGCAUUUGAACAACAUGCAGAACCUGCAAAAUGGAGGGACAGACCAAGUUUUCAGCCACACUGCCGGGGUAGCGGUUGCUGCUGCCACUGCAGCCGCUGCAGCUGCUGCUGCUGCUGCUGCUUCCAACAUUAGCAACUCCUGUGGGGCCCCUUCCCCCACCAAACCAAAAACGAAGCCAACCUGGCGCUGUGAAGUGUGCGACUACGAAACCAAUGUUGCCAGGAACCUGAGAAUUCACAUGACCAGUGAGAAGCAUAUGCAUAAUAUGAUGCUGCUUCAGCAAAACAUGACCCAAAUCCAACACAACCGGCACUUAGGCAUCAGCAGCCUGCCCACCCCGGCUGAAGCUGAUCUCUACCACUUUUACCUAGCACAAAACAUGAACCUGAAGAUGGACAACCCAACGAAUGAAUCGCAGUAUAUUAUGGGAGGAUUCCAGCUGGACCCUACUAGCCCCAUGCCAGGGAUGGCUCCCACAGUCGUGGGUGGCGAAAUCCCGUUGGAUAUGCGGUUGAGCGGCGGACAGCUGGUUUCGGAAGAGCUCAUGAACCUGGGCGAGAGUUUUACUCAAACCAACGACCCUUCCCUGAAACUCUUUCAGUGCGCCGUAUGUAACCGAUUCACGACUGACAAUUUGGACAUGUUGGGCCUGCACAUGGGAGCCGAGCGCAACCUGCCGGAGGAGGAGUGGAAGUCCGUGGUGGGGGAUUCUUACCAGUGCAAUCUCUGUCGUUACAACACGCAACUAAAGGCCAAUUUUCAGCUGCAUUGCAAAACUGACAAACACGUACAGAAGUACCAGUUGGUGGCUCACAUCAAAGAGGGAGGCAAAGCCAAUGAGUGGAGGUUGAAGUGUGUUGCCAUUGGCAACCCGGUGCAUCUGAAGUGCAAUGCCUGUGACUAUUACACCAAUAGCCUGGAGAAGCUGCGCUUGCACACUGUGAACGCAAGGCAUGAAGCCAGCCUCAAGUUAUAUAAGCACUUGCAGCAGCAUGAAAGCAGCGUGGAAGGGGAAACGUCGUACUAUCACUGUGUGCUGUGCUCAUACUCCACCAAGGCCAAACUCAACCUGAUCCAACAUGUGCGCUCCAUGAAGCACCAGCGCGGCGAGAGCCUACGAAAGCUGCAGCGGCUUCAGAAGGGCCUUCCGGAAGAAGAGGAAGAUUUGGGCCAGAUCUUCACCAUCAGGACCUCUUCACCACCUGCAGAGACCGAAGAACCGGCAGAGGAUCCGGAAGGAGCCUGUGAUGCAGAUGCUGACCCAGCCGAGGUGCCGAAAGACCAGGAGCCGGAGGGGGCAAAAGACACUAAUAGGGGAACAGUGCCUUCUGUUCCGCCUGAGCGGGAUCCACCUGAUUCACUACCUGCCAAGCUGUCCUCCAAUGCCAGCGGUGAGCCUCCCCCUAAGAGACCAAGAUCCACCGAGGAGAAGAGGGAGCAGCUCUUCCAGUGCCCAUACUGCAAGUACACCAAUGCAGACAUCAAUAGACUGCGGGUCCACGCUAUGACGCAGCACUCUGUGCAGCCAAUGCUGCGCUGCCCUCUUUGUCAGGACAUGUUAAACAACAAGAUCCACCUACAGCUGCACCUCACUCACCUGCACAGUGUGGCCCCGGACUGCGUGGACAAACUCAUCAUCACGGUAACUUCUCCAGAGACGCUCAUGCCGAGCAGCAUGUUUCUUCCCGUGAGCUCACCAGAGCGAGAAAAACCUGUGUCAGCCCCAGAAGCUGUUGAGAAGGCUUCAGAACCCACUGAAACAGUGUCUAAGAGUGCGUCUGUUCCUGAAAUGACUGAGCUGACUACAGAACACAGAGCACCCACCAGUGACAAUUCUUCUACAAGAGAAGAUUCUGGAUUCUUGUGCUGGAAGAAAGGAUGCAACCAAGUGUUCAAGACCUCAGCUGCUCUACAAACACACUUCAAUGAGAUUCACAACAAGCGCCCCCAGUUGCCAGUUUCUGACCGCCAUGUUUACAAGUAUCGCUGCAACCAGUGCAGCUUAGCUUUCAAAACCAUCGAGAAACUUCAGCUCCAUUCACAGUAUCAUGUGAUCCGUGCUGCCACCAUGUGCUGUCUUUGCCAGAGGAGCUUCCGCACAUUCCAAGCCCUUAAGAAGCAUCUGGAGACCAGCCAUUUAGAGUUGAGCGAGUCUGACAUCCAGCAGCUGUACAGCGGCCUUCUGGUCAAUGGAGACAUGACAAACAUGGGAGAGACUGCAAUGACCGAUGACCAGAGCAUGCUGGUAGAUGAUGACAAAGAGGAUGAGAGUGACCUGGAGGAAAAGCAGAGUCCCACAGGAAGCGAUUCUGGUUCUGUACAAGAAGACUCUGGUUCUGAACCCAAGCGAGCUCUUCCUUUCCGCAAGGGCCCAAAUUUUACCAUGGAAAAGUUUUUGGACCCCUCCCGACCUUACAAAUGCACAGUAUGCAAAGAGUCAUUCACUCAGAAGAACAUUCUGCUUGUGCAUUACAAUUCUGUGUCUCAUCUUCACAAACUUAAAAGGGCCUUACAAGACACGACAACUGGACAACCUGAACCCACCAGCAGUCCAGAUAAUAAACCAUUCAAGUGUAACACUUGCAAUGUUGCGUAUAGCCAGAGUUCCACUUUAGAAAUCCACAUGAGAUCUGUUUUACAUCAAACCAAGGCUCGUGCAGCAAAGCUGGAAGCAGCAGGUGGCAGCAGCAGUGCAGUUAGCUCCAGUAGUACUUGCCCAUCUGCAACAUCCACGACUACAUCCAACCCCACCUGCAGUGUUUCCACCACAUCAAGCUGCACAACCACAGCAACUGCCACCAUGAACUGCAGUUUCGUGAACCAAAUGCCCAUUGAACCUGCAGUCAAUACUGGCACAAGCAACCAGAUCACUUCUAGUGUCCCCUGCCCACCUGAGCAUAAAGAGGUGAAUCGUAAGAAACUGGCAGACAUGAUAGCUUCACGACAGCAGCAUCAUCAUCAUCAACAACAACAACAGCAGCAGCAGCAGCAGCAGCAGCAGCAUCAACAGCAGCAGCAGAUUCAUCAUCAUCAACAGCAGCAAGCCCAAACACUGGCCCAGGCUCAGGCACAAGUACAAGCCCAUUUUCAGCAAGAGCUCCAACAACAAGCAGCUAUUCUGCAGUCUCAGCUAUUAAACCCCACUCUGCUUCCCCACUUUCCAAUGACCACAGAGACAUUACUCCAGCUCCAACAGCAGCAACACCUCCUGUUUCCCUUCUAUAUCCCUAGUACAGACUUUCAGUUCAAUCCAGAGGUUAGUUUGCCCUUGACCAGUGGUACGCUUACAUUAACAGGAAGUGGCCCUAGUUUACUGGAAGACCUAAAGUCUCCACUACAACUUUCCCAACAGGCACAUUCUCAUCACCAACAUCUCCUGCAACAACAAUCAAGCCAGAUGUGCAUGUCAGACCCGCAUUCCACUCUCCUGCAUCCUCCAGAACACAAGAACAAAGCAGCAAAGGAAAAUGCCAAGGAAGUAAAGAAAGAAAAGGAGUUUUAUGAAAGAACAGAUGAGACUACACUGGUAAAUGAGUCGGUACCUGAUGGUCAGAAGUGUAAAGAUAAGAAAGAGCCUUCAUCCAGUUCCAGCUCCGACGGUCAUCUGCUUCCACCUCGUAUUGCAUCAGAUGCUCGAGGUAAUGCCACCAAAGCCUUGCUUGAGAAUUUUGGGUUUGAACUUGUUAUUCAAUAUAAUGAAAACAAGCAGAAAGUGCAGAAGAAAACUGGAAAAAACGAACAGGCUGAUAGCUUGGAGAAGUUAGAAUGCAAUUCAUGUGGGAAGUUUUUUUCCAACAUUCUUAUCUUAAAAAGCCACCAGGAACACGUCCACCAACGCUAUUUGCCAUUUAAGCAACUUGAGCAGUUUUCAAAACAAUACAGAGACCAAUAUGAUAAACAAUAUCCUUUGAGACCCCAAACACCAGAGGCGCCUCCUCCUCCGCCACCCCCACCUCCUCCGCCACCCCCUCCACCCGCAACCCCCCCGCCACCAGCUAUCACUCCAACUGUUCCUACAACUGCUCCUCCACUUACCCCACCCAGCAUUUCACCUGCACAGUCAUCAGUGUCUCUGGCUCAGCUUUCAAUGCCAAUGGAGCUGCCUAUUUUUCCACCCCUUAUGAUGCAAUCUAUGUCAUUGCAAACUAUGCCAGCUCAGCUGCCACCUCAGUUGACCUCAGUAGAAACUCUUUCUGCAGACUUGGCCCAACUGUAUCAGCAUCAACUAAAUCCCAAUCUCCUACAACAGCAGAACAAACGACCACGUACCAGGAUCACUGAUGACCAGCUAAGAGUGUUACGACAGUAUUUUGACAUCAACAAUUCCCCGAGUGAAGAACAGAUCAAAGAAAUGUCUGAUAAGUCUGGAUUACCCCAAAAAGUUAUCAAGCACUGGUUUAGAAACACCCUCUUCAAGGAGCGUCAACGAAACAAAGACUCUCCUUACAAUUUUAAUAACCCACCCAUUACUAGUUUGGAAGAAUUAAAGAUUGACUCUAGACCUCCAUCACCGGAACCUCAAAGGCAUGAAUACUGGGGAAGUAAGAGGUCUUCCAGGACACGGUUUACAGACUACCAACUCCGUGUUCUUCAAGACUUUUUUGAUGCCAAUGCUUAUCCAAAGGAUGAUGAAUUUGAGCAACUUUCCAACCUGCUAAACCUUCCCACGCGUGUUAUUGUCGUCUGGUUCCAGAAUGCACGGCAGAAGGCGAGAAAGAAUUAUGAAAAUCAAGGAGAUGGCAAGGAAGGUGAGAGGCGUGAAUUGUCAAAUGACCGGUAUAUUCGUACUAGCAACCUAAACUACCAGUGCAAAAAGUGUAGUUUAGUUUUUCAAAGAAUCUUUGACCUUAUAAAACAUCAGAAAAAGCUAUGUUACAAAGAUGAGGAUGAAGAUAUGCAUGAUGACAGCCAAAAUGAAGACUCUAUGGAUGCCAUGGAUAUGCUCACACCUUCAAGUUCCUCAUGUAGCACCCCUAUGCCCUUUCAGUCCUACAGUACUGCAGCCACAGGAUCCACAAAUGCAGCUGGCACCCCUUUUUCUCAGCAGAUGAUGGAUAUGGAGGAUGCAAUCAUGUUUAGUUCCAAGCUAGAGGCUAGCAAUGAUGAUAAACCAAAGCUUUAUGAAAUUCCAAGGACACAGCAAAACCAAACGCAAGAGCAGCCACUGCAACCAAAGCAAGAGCCACAGCAGCCUCCAACCCCACAAUCUCAACCUCCACCACAGGACCAAUUGGAACAAAAAGUUACUACUGCAACACCGCAGAAACAUUCAUCCCUUUCAUCUCCAUCCACACAAUCCUCCCACUGCUCUUUGACACAGUCAAGUCCCAAUGCAGCUCAAAUCUCACACCACUCUAUGAAACCGCUACAUUCAUCAACUCCACAGCAGUUAGCCAAUUUGCCUCCUCAGCUAAUUCCCUACCAGUGCGAUCAAUGCAAAUUGGCCUUCCCAUCUUUUGAACACUGGCAGGAACACCAACAGUUGCAUUUUCUUAGUGCUCAAAACCAGUUCAUCCAUCCUCAGUUUUUAGACAGACCAAUGGAUAUGCCCUUUAUGCUAUUUGAUCCCAGUAAUCCUUUACUAGCAAGCCAGCUGCUUUCUGGAGGACUUUCUCAAAUGCCAACUGGCUCAGCUACUUCUCCUUCAGCACCAUCAUCCACAAUGAAUACCCUCAAACGAAAGCUUGAAGAAAAAGCAAGCACAAGUCCAGGAGAAAACGAUAGUGGCACUGGUGGUGAAGAACCUCAUAGAGACAAGCGCCUGCGAACCACAAUUACACCAGAACAGCUGGAAAUAUUAUACCAGAAAUAUCUGCUGGAUUCUAACCCAACACGUAAAAUGCUGGAUCAUAUUGCCCAUGAAGUGGGUUUAAAGAAGCGUGUGGUUCAAGUUUGGUUUCAGAAUACUCGGGCAAGGGAAAGAAAGGGACAGUUUCGAGCGGUUGGCCCAGCCCAAGCUCAUAGGCGUUGCCCAUUUUGCAGAGCUUUGUUUAAGGCAAAAACUGCUUUAGAAGCUCACAUACGAUCUCGCCAUUGGCAUGAAGCAAAGAGAGCUGGCUAUACCAUGGGUUUAUCUACAAUGCUUGUUGACUGUGAUGGUGGUUUGCAGCUGAAAGGAGAUCUUUUUGACAAUACUUCCUAUCAUAAUCUACCCCAGAGCAGCAGUGACGGACAGUGCAUUUCCUUGUCUCCAGUGAGCAAAUCUAUGGAUCUUUCGCCUCGAACACUGCUCAGCCCAUCUUCUAUUAAAAUUGAAGGGUCAGAAGAUUUUGAAAGCCCCUCGAUGUCAUCUGUUAAUUUAAGCUUUGAUCAAGCUAAGUUGGACAAUGAUGACUGCUCCUCUGUGAAUACUGCUAUAACAGAUACAACAACAGGAGAUGAAGGAAAUGCAGACAAUGACAGCACCACAGGUAUUCUUGCUGAAACAAAAUCUGCAUCUAUAACCAGUGAAGGCUUGCCAAAGUCUGCCAUUAUGGCAAUGUCUGAGUAUGAGGACCAAAUGUCUUCUGGUUUAGUCAGCCCUGCCCCCAGCUUUUACAGCAAAGAGUAUGAGAAUGAGGGCAUUGUUGAUUAUAGUGAAACUUCCAGCCUUGCAGACCCUUGCUCUCCUAGCCCAGGUGCAAGUGGUUCAGCAGGCAAGUCAGGUGAUAGCGGAGACCGCCCUGGUCAAAAGCGUUUUCGAACGCAAAUGACUAACCUUCAACUAAAACUUCUUAAGUCCUGUUUUAAUGAUUACAGAACACCCACCAUGCUGGAGUGUGAAGUUUUGGGCAAUGAUAUCGGACUGCCAAAGAGAGUUGUACAGGUCUGGUUUCAGAAUGCCCGGGCAAAGGACAAGAAGGCUAAACUAAACAUGGCCAAGCACUUCGGAAUAAACCAAACCAAUUAUGAGGGACCCAAAACAGAGUGCACUUUGUGUGGCGUGAAAUACAGCGCACGUCUGUCUGUGCGGGAUCAUAUCUUCUCCCAGCAACAUAUCUCCAAAGUUAAGGACGCUAUAGGAAGCCAGUUGGACAAGGAGAAAGAAUACUUUGAUCCAGCCACUGUUCGUCAGCUAAUGGCUCAGCAAGAGUUGGAUCGCAUUAAAAAAGCCAAUGAGGUUUUGGGUCUCACCCCUCAGCAACAGGCUGUGUUUGAUAACACUCACCUGCAAGCACUCAAUCUUCCAACACCCUACCCAGCUCUCCAAGGCAUCCCUCCAGUACUGUUGCCAGGUCUCAGCAGCCCAUCUUUGCCAGGAUUCACUCCCUCUAACACAGCUUUAAGUUCUCCAAAAUCCAAUGCGAUGGGAGUGUCCAACAACACCGUUCCUUCCCCAGGCCUUCCCACUUCUGGACAACCAAAUAAGCAACCGUCCAAAUCACGAAGCCCUACCAUUCCAUCACAGACUCACCCAUUACCUGCAUCCCAGUCUCAAGAGUUGCUGAAGGAAAAAGAGAGUGAGAAGUUGAAAGAGAAGGAAAGGGGGAAAGGCAAGGGAGAUUCAAUACCUGUGCUCAAAAAAGAGAAAGGGGAUACCCCAGCAUCAACAUCCAGCUUGAUGCCAGGCAUGGAGUAUAUAGUAGACUCAUCCCAGCUCCAGGCUUUACAAGCAGCUUUGACAUCUGAUCCAUCUGCCCUGCUCACCAGCCCGUUUCUUCCAUACUUUGUCCCUGGCUUCUCACCCUACUAUGGCGCUCAGAUCCCUGGAACCUUACCAGGUGGUUACCUGCAGCCAAUGUAUGGGAUGGAAAGCCUGUUCCCAUACAACCCUGCCAUCUCCCAAGCUUUGAUGGGGCUUUCACAAGGCUCUUUGCUUCAACAGUAUCAGCAGUACCAGCAGAGCUUACAGGAAGCGCUUCAGCAACAGCAGCGGCAACUCCAAAUGCAGCAAAAACAGCAGCAGCAACACCAUCAUCAUCAGAGACUGCAGCAGCAACAGCCCAAAGCAAGCCAAACCCCAACUCCUUCUGUUGUUUCCCCUUCAGACAAAGAUCCUGCCAAAGACUCUCCUAAGCUGGAGAAGCAGAAUCCUGUGGCCCUUGAGGUAUCGCACUCCAACAAGCCUCCAGAGCAUCAAGAAGUGGAAAGCCAAGGUGUGGAUUGUCUCUUGGACCCCUUUAUUGUCCCAAAGGUGCAGUACAAGUUGGUCUGCCGGAAGUGUGAGCUGAGCUUCAGCAGCGAGGAGGCAGCUAUCAGCCACCUGAAGUCCCUCUGCUUCUUUGGCCAAUCUGUGGUGAACCUGCAAGAGCUGGUGACAUGCGUCCCCACUGGUGACUGCAGCGGUUCGUUCCGCUGUCUAGGGUGUGAGGCCACGCUGUGUGGGGGCGAUGCUCUGCGUCAACAUCUGGAGUCACCCUUGCACAAACACAGAACAAUCAAAAGAACAGCAAGAAACGCCAAAGAGCACCCUAGUUUAUUACCUCACUCCGCCUGCUUCCCCAAUCCUGACACCGCAUCUACCUCUCAGUCUGCUGCUGACUCCAAAGCCAGCCUCUCACCCCCUUCCCCCUCUGCUUCUCCCCACGCCACCACCAAGUCCUGGUCUCACAGAUCGCCCAGAAAACCUCCGCCUCUCCCCGCACUCUCCUCAUCUUCAACAGUUACCUCAAGUCCGUGCAGCACCUCAGGGGUUGCAACCUCCUUUCCAACAGACGGUUUCUCUGAGGAGUCUGACUCUGACCUCAGCCAAAAGUCUGACCGGGCGGGAAGUCCACUAGGCGCUCCUGAGAACCCAAGCUGCCACGAGGAUGGCUCUCGAACUGCUGUGGGAGUGGGUUCUUUACGAUUGUAGACUUCGGAGAUGGACGAUGAUGAAAAUAAUAAUAAAUAUGAAUUUUAAAUAAUAAAAAAAAGAUAAAAUAACAAACCAAUUUCAGAA